CAGACAACCGACGAAGUCAUUAUGUUCGUUCACGCAGCCUUUGCAGCGUUGCUGCUGGUGCAGUCGACGAUCGCCGACGCUGGUGUCGAUGCCGGUGAACAGGUGGCCGUCGAGUCAGACGAGGGCGUGCUAGUGUUGACCAAAGACAACUUCGACAGUAUUGUCUCGUCGUCAAGCUACUUGCUCGUCAAGUUCUAUGCACCAUGGUGUGGUCAUUGCAAGCAAUUGGCACCAGAAUAUGCUAAUGCAGCUCAACAUUUGAGUGAAAGUGAAUUAAAAAUUAAAUUAGGCAAGGUAGAUGCUACUAUUGAAAGCGAGUUGGCUGAAAAGUUUGGUAUCCGUGGAUAUCCUACUUUGAAGUUCUUCAAAAAUGGAAAACCAAUUGACUAUUCUGGUGGCCGAACUAAAGAUGAUAUUAUUCAAUGGGUACUUAAGAAAUCUGGUCCAGCAGCAGUACCUUUACAUUCAGAAGAAGAUGUUUCGGCAUUUAUUGAAGGAAAAGUUGUUUCUAUUAUUGGUUAUUUCGAAAAUGUAGACUCGAAUGCAGCAAAAUUAUUUGCAGAAUUAGCCGACUCUGUUGAUGAUCAUCCAUUUGGUCUUGUUUCAGACUAUUCUAAAUUCCCUAAUCUAGAACAUAAGGAAAAAUUUGUUUUAUAUAAAAAUUUUGAUGAAAAGAAAGUUCCAUAUGAUUCAGAAAUAACUAACCUUGAAGAAAUCAAGACAUUUAUAUUUGUUCAUUCAUUGCCUCCCGUAAUUGAAUUUAACCAAGGAACUGCUCAGAAAAUAUUUGGUGGUCAGAUCAAAAGUCAUUUAUUGCUUUUCUUGUCUAAGAAAGAAGGUCAUUUUGAAAAAUUUGUGGAUGACAUCAAACCUGUUGCUAUUGACUUCAGAGGAAAAAUUGUCUUUGUUACUAUUAAUGCUGAUGAAGAAGAGCAUCAAAGGAUUUUGGAAUUCUUUGGAAUGAAGAAGGAUGAAGUACCUUCUAUGAGAGCAAUCAAACUUGAAGAUGAUAUGACUAAAUUCAAGCCAGAAUCUCCUGAGAUAACUGGUGAUAAUGUGAGAAAAUUUGUUUCAGAUUUUGUUGAAGGAAAAGUGAAGCAACAUUUACUGUCUGAAGAAUUACCCGAAGAUUGGAACAAGACUCCAGUUUGGACCUUGACUGCCAAAAACUUCGAUAGUGUAGCUCUUGAUCCAUCCAAGAACGUUCUUGUAGAAUUUUAUGCCCCAUGGUGUGGACACUGUAAACAGCUUGCACCAAUUUUUGAUAAAGUUGGAGAACAUUUUGCCAAUCAAGAUGAUAUUGUGAUUGCAAAAAUGGAUGCUACAGUUAAUGAACUUGAACAUACCAAAAUUUCUAGUUUCCCGACACUAACAUAUUAUCCAAAAGGAGAAAAUCCAAAAGCCAUUGAAUACAAUGGAGACAGAACUUUAGAAGCAAUCAUUAAGUUUAUUGAAUCUGGCGGAAAUCAAGAAACAACCAGUUCAUCAUCAUCAUCGGUUGAGGAAGAUGAAGAAGAACCACAAGAAAAACCCAAGGAUGAAUUGUAAAUAAUAAUUGUGAUUUCAAAUUCAUUAUUUAAUAUUUUUUUUAUAUGUUUCAUUUUAUUUGUGAAAAAAUUCAACACAUUUAAAGAUAAAAUUGAUCUAAUAUAUAGAAGUGUAUGUAUAUCUAAC